GUCCUGUGGCCAGCGCAGAAGACGGCUAGAAGAGGGGAUGAUAAGAACCAGUCGUGCGAGUGCCUUGUGGCCUGCGUGACGUUCUGCCUCGAGUGUUUCAAGAAGUCCCUCGAGUUCAUAAACAAGAUGGCCUACGUUGACGUGGCCAUACACUCCAGCAGCUUCUGCCACGCCACCGUGAAGGUGUUCGACUUCAUCACCAGCGAGGGACUCCCGUGA